CAAUUACCAUUGGAACAAUUAAUUCUUGGAUAAGCUGCCAUUUCUUGCGAGGAAGAAACACAGGGCAGUGCCGGUGCUCCACAUAGAAUGGCUAUGGCAUCCAAUCUCUAUCCAGUCUCCCUGUGCCUGACCAAACUUCGUCGGGACAAGUGAUGAUUACAAUAUAAGCGGUAGUCGGAAAGAUUGCAGUCGUAAAUAUGCUUCUGAAAUCAGCAUUUUCUCCCAUAUUCACAGUCAUUCCCACCACAAACAUACACCGAAAGCUCUCGCGCUUUGUGAUAACAAAUGCUCUAACACAAGCAUGUCUACAAAAUGUUCGACAAAAUGUGUCAAUGUAUGCUGAAGCCAAUCCGUCUUCGUUAUUAGUAGUACAUAAACUCCCCCCUACAUCGGCUUACAUUCACCUCCCUUUUUGCCGAAAACGUUGCCACUACUGCGAUUUCCCCAUCAUUGCUCUUGGCUCAUCCUCCUCGUCUUCGUUUUCGUCCUCAACAAGAACGGCAAACGAUGAUUGUGAGGAUCCACGUAUAUUGAACUAUGUUGAAACUCUCUGUAGAGAAAUGAAGGCCACCAAAUUAAGUUCUGAUUCUAACCCACUUCUUGAAACGGUGUUUUUUGGUGGCGGCACGCCUUCGUUGGUUCCACCGAAGCUCGUUGCUCUAGUUCUCGACACCCUUAGUUCGAAAUUUGGUUUGUGUGCUAAUGCUGAAAUAUCAAUGGAAAUGGACCCUGGCACGUUUGAUGGAGCAAAAAUGAAGCAGUUAUCAGGAUUGGGUGUGAACAGAGUGUCUCUGGGUGUUCAGGCUUUUCAAGAGGAGUUGUUGAAAGCUUGUGGGAGAGCUCAUGGAGUUAAGGAGAUUCACGAGGCUGUUGAUAUUGUGAAGUCGUGUGGGGUUGAGAAUUGGAGCGUGGACCUCAUUUCCUCGCUCCCUCACCAAACUCCGGAUAUGUGGGAAGAGAGUUUGGAGCUCGCUAUUCAAAUCCAGCCUACUCAUGUUUCCGUCUAUGAUUUGCAAGUCGAACAAGGGACAAAGUUUGGAACACUGUUUACUCCAGGUGAAUUUCCUCUGCCAUCAGAAAAUCAGUCAGCUGAGUUCUACAAAAUGGCUUCAAGAAUGCUGAGGGAUGCUGGUUACGACCAUUAUGAGAUCAGUAGUUACUGUAAAAAAGGUUAUCGGUGCAAGCACAAUCUUACAUAUUGGAAGAACAAAUCUUUCUAUGGUUUUGGACUCGGGUCAGCCAGUUUCGUUGGCGGAGUAAGGUUUUCUAGGCCGAGGAGGUUGAAAGAUUAUAUGGGUUACGUGCAGAAUUUAGAGGAUGGACCGGUGAAUCAUUCUGAGGAUAGUUUUACUGAUUACAAAGACUUGGCAAUGGAUAUUGUUAUGCUCUCUCUCAGAACUGCUCGUGGGUUGGAUUUAGAGUCUUUCGGUGAAGCCUUUGGUGGUUCACUUCUGCUCUCAAUUUGUCAGGUCUAUAGACCAUAUGUGGAAACUGGGCAUAUGAUCUGCUCAGACUCGAAUGGGAGAAAUAUUACAUCUGAUGAAUAUAGUUUCUUGCUAUCAAACGAGCAUAAGAUGAAUAAGGUGUUGGGGUUCCUUCGGCUCAGCGAUCCUGAUGGUUUUCUAUUAUCGAAUGAAUUGAUAUCCCUUGCUUUUGGUGUCAUAUCUCCAUGAUUUUCUUUUUCUCCGUUGUUUUUCAUGCUUGGAGUUCUAUGCUAACAAGCGUUUGAAGCUUUGUCUGGUACGAGGGAGACAAUGUUCAAAGCCCAAGAGGAUCAAGAAUAUUCAAGUUGAUAAAAUGUUUGUUGUGUGCAGGUUCUGGCAAUAACUUGGUCUCUGUGGCAGUAUUUCAUCACAAAGAUGAGAAAAAUAAGUGCGCGGAACGGUGUAACAAAUACAACUUAACUUCUCUUUUCUCCCUCAAAUACUGUCUAGCGCUAUUCAAACUAUCUAUCAAAUGUAUUGUAAAUGUAUAUUCUCAAAACUGAGAAGAAAUAUAAACUAGGAAUUAUAACUGAUGUUGUAUGUUGCAGGCUUCUAUUUAUGGAUAGAUGUUGUAAUUUGUGAGAA